GACUUAUCAAUUUAUCCGGUAAACUACUGGGAGCUCAUGUAGCCCAUUCCGGAUUAAUAGUAUUCUGGGCCGGAGCAAUGAACCUAUUUGAAGUGGCUCAUUUCGUACCCGAGAAGCCCAUGUAUGAGCAAGGCUUAAUUUUACUUCCCCAUCUAGCAACUCUAGGUUGGGGGGUAGGUCCUGGGGGGGAGGUUAUAGACCCCUUUCCAUACUUUGUGUCCGGAGUACUUCACUUAAUUUCCUCUGCAGUAUUGGGCUUUGGUGGUAUUUAUCAUGCACUUCUGGGACCUGAGACUCUUGAAGAAUCUUUUCCAUUCUUCGGUUAUGUAUGGAAAGAUAGAAAUAAAAUGACUACAAUUUUAGGUAUUCACUUAAUCUUGUUAGGCAUAGGUGCUUUUCUUCUAGUAUUCAAGGCUCUUUAUUUUGGGGGUAUAUAUGAUACCUGGGCUCCGGGAGGGGGGGAUGUAAGAAAAAUUACCAACUUGACCCUUAGUCCAAGUAUUAUAUUUGGUUAUUUACUAAAAUCACCUUUUGGAGGAGAGGGAUGGAUUGUUAGUGUGGACGAUUUGGAAGAUAUAAUUGGGGGGCAUGUAUGGUUGGGUUCGAUUUGUAUACUUGGUGGAAUUUGGCAUAUUUUAACCAAACCUUUUGCGUGGGCUCGGCGUGCACUUGUAUGGUCCGGAGGAGCUUAUUUGUCUUAUAGUUUAGGUGCUUUAUCUGUUUUUGGCUUUAUUGCUUGUUGCUUUGUCUGGUUUAAUAAUACCGCUUAUCCGAGUGAAUUUUACGGGCCCACUGGUCCAGAAGCUUCUCAAGCUCAAGCAUUUACUUUUCUAGUUAGAGACCAACGUCUUGGGGCUAAUGUAGGAUCCGCUCAGGGACCUACCGGUUUAGGUAAAUAUUUAAUGCGUUCCCCGACCGGAGAAGUAAUUUUUGGGGGAGGAACUAUGCGUUUUUGGGAUCUACGUGCUCCCUGGUUAGAACCUCUAAGAGGUCCCAAUGGUUUGGACUUGAGUAGACUUAAAAAAGACAUACAGCCUUGGCAAGAACGUCGUUCCGCGGAAUAUAUGACUCAUGCUCCUUUAGGUUCUUUAAAUUCCGUGGGUGGCGUAGCUACCGAGAUCAAUGCAGUCAAUUAUGUCUCUCCUAGAAGUUGGUUAGCUACUUCUCAUUUUGUUCUAGGAUUCUUCCUAUUCGUAGGUCAUUUAUGGCACGCGGGAAGAGCUCGCGCAGCUGCCGCAGGAUUUGAAAAAGGAAUUGAUCGCGAUUUUGAACCUGUUCUUUCCAUGACUCCUCUUAAUUGAGAUAUGAGAUCUAAUGCUUGAAGUAGGAAUCACGUUGAUUUUACCAUACAUAUAGGGUUGAGUCGAGCGGGUCAGAUUAAAAUCAAAAAUAAAAAGUAUUUUACUUCUCGUUUUAAUCCAUUUUUAAUCAAUUUCUAUCUAAUCUAAUUAUAUCGAAAUUCUGAAUCUUUUUUUUUUCGGGCUCGGCUAAGUGGUAGUAUCGCCGAGCCCGAAAAAACCGAACCAACCAAAACCAAUAAAAGAAAAAGAAUACUUUCGUCGAGCAAAAACAAAAGGAGAGAGAGGGAUUCGAACCCUCGAUAGUUCGUGUUGUGAACUAUACCGGUUUUCAAGACCGGGGCUAUCAACCACUCAGCCAUCUCUCCAACCAAAAAGCCAAUUUCUAUUUUAUCUUUAUUCUACUGAAUAGAACAUAACUAUAUGAAUUAAUAUAGUUAGUAUCGAUCGAUGAUCGAUGGCAUAGAUAUCCAGUGUGAAUCAAUUGGUCACUUUUAAUUCUUCAAAAUAUUAUAGAAGAUGCAUGAUCCAGCAUGUCUUUUUCUGAAAUAAAAACAAA